CAACAGCCAAAAUUAUUAUUGAGACAGUUGUAGAGCUCUUGCGGAAAGUGUGGUGGGUUUUCACAGAAGCUGCAAGGGGCUGCCUUACUACGCCACAAAGGUGGGAGGAUUCUUCACAGCUCAGAUCAAGAGGAGGAAGUGAGGAAGCUGCCUUUUUCUACUUUGAUGUAGUCUGAGGUCUCAUGAGACAAGACAGGAAAAUAAACUUGAAAGAGUUUUUUAGAGAAAGGUAAAUUAUGACCAGGAUUAGUCUGGAGAAAUAAGUUGUUGCAAUGAUGAGAUUAACCAUUUCCUGGCCCAGCUUGGUGAAACAUCAGUCAAUUACUAGUUUUAAGCAAUUUCGGAUACUAAAACUAGAGAUAGUUUGUUUUUUAACCAUUCAGAAUUUGUUGUUACUUCUGCAAAAGCUGUCUUUGCAGAAGUUUACUGAUUACAAUGUCAGCUAUUAGAGAGGUGUGAACGUUUUAAUAAAUUUGUCAGGUCCUGGAGAAAUGAUACGUAAAAAAAACGAUCAUUUUACUACAUCACUGAGGAGUAUAUUUUUAAGUCUUUGCAGCAAUAAUGUGCUUAAAUGACCGUUUUUGUUUAUAGAUUUUAAAGUGUCUAUUUAUUUUCACUGGUCAAGGAUAUCUCACGGCCUUCAGCUGCAAUAAGUUAAAUAUCCAGAUAAGCGUUCAGUUUCCCUGUCAUAACAACAGGGUUUCAACCAUAUUAGUCCCUGUCUGUGAAUGCAAGCAUUGUGCAAAAUGCUCCCCUUACUUCCUUAUUUGCUUUUGUGGUUUUUUUACUGAGAGCACUUCAUGCGUUUUUUUGCAGCUCCUGUCUUUUGCUGUGUGCCUUCACUUUUGCUCACAGCACACUGAGGCAGCAGUGAUGGCAGGCACGAUUGCUGUGCCACUUCAGCAGCUCAUUGCUUCAUUGGAUGACUCUUGUUUACCCAAAAUUAUACAAGUUUGCUCUGGAGUGUAUUUCCAAGGUAAGCUUUUUAUUGUAUUAUUGACUAAAGAAAGAAAAUAGGAGUUACAACGCAUUAUUUGUGAUGUGGUUGCGGCGAAUUGUUCAUGUCAGCAUUUCUUGACUUUCUGUUUUGUGUCUGUAUGCAGUUAUUGCUCAUACAAAGCACAGAUUUCCCUCUAAUAUUCAAUGGAAAUUGCUUUUUGGGUCAGACAGAGAAGUCGAGAUUGUUUUUGCGCAAAAGAUUUUCACAUCAUGGUUGGGUUUUAGAGAUAUUUCAAAGCAGGUUACAUAAGAUAGGGUCAAGAAACAAUGAAGACUGAAUUUUUCAAAAUUGUGCUUCAUUUAUCUGUUUACGCUUGAGUUUUUAUUUUGAUUAAUGGUCCCCUUUCUCUUUAUUUCUCUUUACUUCUGUCUCAGGGUCUAUAUAUGAACUCUCCGGGAGUGAAGUGUGCUUUUCUACCGGUGAUCUGAUUAAGGUCAUUGGCAUCGAGCUCUUAUCAGUUUGCUGUGAAGACAUCAGCAAUAAUGACAAAUUUGAGUUACCAAUCAGCCACACAGGUCAGUCGAAGCAGUAGAUACAAUCUCAUGAGAAAGGAUGAUUCUUUUUUUGGUUUGUGGCAGACCACUGAUGCUUGUCGCUGUCUCUCAGGCCUGUUCAAAGUUGUUCCGGAGGAGAUGCCGUACAAUUCAAUGGAGGAGAUGCUGAUCCUGAGACCCGUAGCCCUAGACUCCUGCCUUCCCUUCACUUUCACCUGCAACGCCAAGAUGACCUUUGGGAACUUCACACUUGGAGCAGGGAGAGCUUUGACUGUGCGGUCCAUUGAGCAGCGCCAGGGGGAGGAGGAUCAAGUGCGCUGUCAUGUUAAGGGGCAACAAGAGGCCUCUGCAGAAGUGUGUAUCCCCCUUUCCACCCAAGGGGAGUUCAGGGAGUGUGAAAGCGAGGAGUGCUUCACCCUGCGGGAGAUCAUGUCCUCGUCCUACCUGCGCAGUCGAAGGUUUCGAUUCAUGAACACCACCAAGUGUCAACAGCCCCUUGUUCUCAGUCCGAUAUAUCAAGUCAACGCCAUCAUGAACUGUAAGAAUAAAUCCUUUUGAUUAGUAUCUUCAAGUUAUCGUCAUUUUACGAAUGAACCUUUAGAAAUAUGUGCAAAUACUUGAAUUGACGUGAAAUGAAAACCUUGUGUAAUUUUAUGAAAUUCUGACCCUACAUGUGACUUGGUAGUUUGUUAACUCAAGUUGCGUGUUCCCACGUUGUGCCAUACAAUAUCUCUAUCCAUUUAGGAGGCAAAAGUUGUACCAUUACAAUUACAUUUAUACCUGGUGAUCAUGUACAGAUUAAGGUUGUACAUCUCAGACUACUAAUGGGUUUACUAAUGUCAAUGUAUUUGGACAGAUUAAAGCUUGUGUGAGAAUUUAUUUCCCCUCACUGGUUACAAAAAAGACUCAACUUUAUAUUGCUGCAACCGCAUAACCUAAAAACAGCGAACAAGUGGGACAGCAACUGUAAGGCUAUUUAUGCGUCGUAGUCGUUUUAAUACCUAGCCCACCUGCUGUGGGGGUGGGUGCUAAAAACGGUGAUUAACCACACGCAGGUUUUAAUCAAGAGAAACAUUGACAGAAUCAUCAGUGAAGAGCUUUAGUGUUAAGAAUAUCUGUCUUGCGACACAAACAUGAACCUUGAUCUGCGUCACGAGUACUUGUAGAAGUCGGUUUUUAUACUUUCUCUUAAAGCUCCAGUGAGGAACUUUUACUUAGUGUCUAUUUCUUCAACUAUUUUUGGGUUGUCCUUUGAAAAAAAAAAAAAAAAUUCAGUUUUAACAGUCAUUUGUUAAACCACCCGUUCAGAAAUGUGCUGUGGUAAACACAACAGACAGUUUUGGCGGCACAAAAUUAACAACUCGAUGUGACACCAACCCCACCAGAAGUUCAGGGCGUAAAACGACAAAACGAAAUAACACAUAUGGUCUCGUUUGCUUUCUCAUAUCAAUAAUACCUCACAGUAUUAUUUUAGUUCAGUUCGAAGUCAGCUAAAAAAAGACCUGACAAGAGCUUUAAACAGGAUUUUUGGGUUGUGGUGUGCUUUCAGUAGGAGUGCCUGUUGUGUUGCUACAUUUACAAGAAGCAUAUUUGUUUCUGGUAAGCCACCUUUGCUGCCUCCUGUCCUCUUGUUUCACUUCUUCACUAUCUAUUUUUUUUCCCACAGUGAGGAAGAACAUAUUGAAAUUUCCCUCGAGCCUUGAGGUGGAUGUGAUCGAUGUCACCGAUGUAUGCAAAGACGUGAUCUUUGCGACCCCGCUCAGCCUGACAGAGGUCCUGACACAGCCAGAAGAGUCUUUCCCUGCAGUUGUGGAGAUGUUGGAGAGCCCAGAAAACCGCUCUCUGUUCAAGUGCAGCUGGCUGCCAGAAUUCAGCCAGGGCAAGCGCCUGAUUUUCCACAAGACAGGAACAGCAGCUAUGGUUUUAUUAUCCAGUAUGAAGAGCAAGAAGACACAGCAGUAUUUUCUGGUGUCCCAGCAGUACGGUGGGCGAUUCCGGAGGCGACCGAGGGAGUUCAACUCAGUGUACCAGCUUUAUGUUGCUUCAACCCAGGCACCAGGACUCAAAGUCAGUGUGACAAGGAACUGCGAGGAGGUGGAGGAAGAGGGUCUGCCUGCUCUCAGUGUUGGGGAACAGCUGGACGUUAUUCGCUUGGAGAGGAUGGAGCUGCCCUGUGAAAGCAGUAAUGCACAAAGGGAAUCAGUCGAGGCCCUUCUGUGUCAGCGCGUACAAGAGUCAGAUGAUGAGGAUGAUGAUGAAGAAGAGGAUGUCAAGCAGAAGGAGGAAAGAGAGGAGGUUUUACUGCCUGUGUACAUGCAGGGGCACUUUGUAGAGGUGCUCACUGAUAACAAGAAGUACAAUCUCAAAGACCUUGGGAAGGAGUUCAGUUUGCCUCUGGAUGUUAAAGUUGUGAGCCGUGAUUCUGAACUUGGGACUGAUCCUUUAACUGGGUUUUCUUGUCUCAGAGUAGAAGGGGCUAUGCUAGAACCCGUCAUCCAGGCCAGCUUCCCACACGCUCCAGACCACUGUUUUGAAAUCCCAACCCGUUGGCUUUCUAUGUCGGUCUCUUUUACCUCAGACCCUCUGCCAUGGACCAGCGGUGAACCGCCAAAGUGCCGCAUAGAUAGAGUAACAGAAGUGACGGACUUGUUUUUUUAUGAAUUUCAAAAACAAGAGGAAUCAGGCGCAGUGCCUCCACCUCGACCGCCGAAACGAAAUCUGUCUGCUGAUACUAGCAAAAAAUCCUCAAAACCCUCAAAGAAGUCAUCCAAGUCCAAACAUCGAUCAGGCAAAAGCACCCCUACCAAAGAGCUUGCUGACUUGACUUUGAAUAGCAAAAAGCGGCCCCCAGCUCCUCCUCCGCCAGUAAGUCUGUCUUUUCUUAUACUUGGCAACCCUGAGGCUACAUUUAAUCUUGAUGUGGUUUAUUAGCGAGUGUGUUCUCUCAUGACGUGACUUUCAGGAAAUCUCAAGUGUUCACAAAUAUCAGACUAUGCAAACACAAGUCGCUUCCUCUUUUCUUGUGGUGAAUAAGUCAACUGUGUAAUAAGCAUGUCUCGUUUUUGUCUUUUUCAGGAGAACUCAGAUGACGGACCGCCUCCACUUUUACCCAGAAAGCACGCUACGGCUGAAGUGAUGACAGGCAAGGCUCUGCCGAACACUUAUGUGAAAAUAGAGGGGUCAAUGAAGAAAGGUAAAGCCAUACAGUCCACACUAAGACAACACUCCUGAUGGUAUCGUAUCUUCAGUUUGAAAAAAUGAGUCCAGUGAAAACAGAACUUUCAAGCUCCGGUCCAUUAGUACCCUAACCCUAACUCUAACCCGUAGUAUUCAGCCCAACACUUGGCUGUGAACUGAAGUUAGAUCUGAAAAAAGUAACGACAACAAAACAAAAGAGCUGUGUAGAUCUGUGCGAAACUCAAAACGUAGCCCUUUAAUGCCUGACACAACAAAUUAUGGCCAGAAAAUUUAAAUAUUUUGGAGCUGAAAUGUUUAUUUCACUUACUACUGAAAACCAAAAUAAAAAUAAAAAUGUCCUUAAAAUUUAACAAAUAUAUUUAUCAAUCUGGUAUGACACAUUAGAUGUUUUUAGAAACUGAUAAACUACAAGAGGACAUUUUUAUCAUUUAUCAGACCGUAUUAAGGUGUUUUCUAGUAAUUUGUUGAUCAUAUUGAUUUGAUAGAAGUAUCAUAAAAGUAUGUAUCAAAUAUGAUACAAAAGGCAAUAAAGCAGUGGUUCUCAACUGGUGGGUCCCAACCCAAAAGAGGGUCACGUUCUGGAUGGGUCACAAACAGCUGAUCAAAAAAGGAAAUAUUCAAUGGGAUAUUUGAUAUUUUCUGUAUAUGCAACUUCAGUAGUUGUCAUCCUCAUGUUGUCCCCUUCAUGUGCUCUGAAAUGCACUGUACUCAAUAAAACAAGUGGAUUUAUGUUUAAGAUUAGAGUCUUUAAAGUUUUUUUUUUUAUAAAUAUAUACAAAACUGAAUUUGCUUGGUUUGUAUUCUAUAAAAGUAGGUCACUACUUAAGGACCAUGGGAACAUGUGGGUCCCAGAGUGAGACCAGUUGAGAACCAUUGCAAUAAAGAGUUAAAAAACUUAAAAUGUAAAAAAACAAAUACAGUCAGUGGUUUUCUUCUUACUGGGUGGGUUCUUAUUGCUGUCGAAUGUCUCAUUGUGAUUGUGUUAUGAUAAUGUGUUAUGAUUACUGCUUUAAAAAAUUACAAUCAUUUAUGAGUUUUUAUAAAUAUUAUUAUACAGUGCUAUAACGUGAUUAAACCCAUUAUAAAUAUAUUUAUAAUGCAUUAUAGAGAUAGGCGUCAAGUAAAGUGUUACCAAAAUUAAAAUUCCUUUCCCACACAGUGCCGACUGAAGUGGCAGCAGAUUUGGACAGUGAUCACGACUAUGAAUCUGUGGAGGAGACUUUGGGUGGGUUCUUAUUGCUGUCGAAUGUCUCAUUGUGAUUGGCCAAUCAUUAGUUUUUACUUUUGUUUAACAGAAUAUGAAACAGAAAGUAAAGCCAACAAGGUUUGGUGUUACUGUGAAAAUACUGUUGAAUUAAACCAAAUACUUUUUCAACUGAAGAAAAACUAACAAACUAACCAAAUAUGUUCUUGAUUCAUAAUCAGCGUUAUGUGCUGCAUAAUUCUACUACUUGUUUAUGUAACACCAAUAAACAAUAAUGACCCACGAGAUGGACAUUAUUUAAACAAAAAGGCGCUUUUCAACACAAGAGACAUCUGUAUAACUCACUCUUAGAGAUCUACAAUCAUUGUUGGUUUUUGUCUUUUGAUAGAUUCUGUUGUCAGUAAAAUAAAAAAAUACUGCUAAUUAUAAAAAAUAAAGGUAACACUUUAUUUGACGCCUAUCUCUAUACACAUUAUAAAUAUAUAUAUAAUGAAUUAUAAUUAUGUUAUAGCACUGUAUAACUAUAGUUACUAACACUCGUAAAUGAUCAUAAUGCUUUAUAACAAUAGUCAUGACACAUUUUAGAGCAUUUUAUCAUGACCGGCCUCCUCAUUUCCUGUUUUUAAAUCCUUUUUUAAAAACACACUUUUAUUCCUUGGCUUUCAAUACAUUUUAGUGUUAUUUUGUUUGUUAUCAUCUUAGCACCUGCCGUGAGCCUGCUUAUUUAUAUAUUUAUUUACUUUUAGCAUUUAUAUAUUUUUGCUCGCUCUAUCUUGUUCUUUGCUUGAUUUAUUUGUUUUUACGUCGCAAUGUACAGCACUUUGGCUACCCCUGUGGUUCUUUUAAAUGUGCUAUAGAAAUAAAGUUGAUUGAUUGAUUGAGUGAUGACUUACAAGGUCAGGUAAUAUAAUGUGUUGUAACUGUUGACAACUCACUGACAAUGCCCACAUAGAUAAUGCAAUGUAAUAGUUGUUAACAGUUAUAACACAUUACAAUACCUGACCUUGUAAGUCAUGAUAAAUGCUUUAUAAUGUGUUAUGAUUAUUGUUGUAAAGCACAAUAAUCAUUUAUGAGUUUUUAUAAAUAUUAUUAUACAGUGCUAUAACGUGAUUAUAACCCAUUAUAAAUAUAUUUAUAAUGCGUUAUAGAGAUCGGCGUCAAGUAAAGUGUUACCAAAAUUAAAAUUCCUACACCUUUCCCACACAGUGCCGACUGAAGUGGCAGCAGAUUUGGACAGUGAUCACGACUAUGAAUCUGUGGACGAGACUUUGAUGGAAAUGAUGAAAACAGCACAAGAGAGCAUCAAAUUCUACUGACACAACGCUGCAACAGCAAGGAUCACAUGAAGACAAAGACUUAGAAGGAUUUUAUAUCCCGCUUAUUUUUGCUCUGUUAUGUCGAGUAUUGUAACGCUUACACACCAGACUUUUUCUUUAGACUUUCAAAGCAGACUAAGCAAACUGUACAGACUAUGUUAAAUAUUGUGGUGAAUCCUAAAUAUACAUGCACUUGAAAUUCAUGGCAGUUCUCGGAGGUGCCCUUUUAAUCGACUUGUUUACUGUUAAACCAGCAGAAGCACUUCGUGUUAGGGAGUUUUGUGGACACUCAUGAUGGCAAAAGUUUUCCCACACAAUCAGCCGAUAACUUUUUCAAAGCUGUAGAUGUGCAGUGUACUUUGUGAGAACAGAUACCUCCCUUGUGGCAUUUAUGGCUAAGCUAUGCCAUGGUGCAAUUGUCAAACUUCUCAGUAAAGGCUGGUACUUUGAAAGACAACUUUUCUUAUAUCAGAAAAGUAACCUCUAUAAAAGAAGAACUAAUGCCUUUUCUAACGAUUAUUUCAAACUCAACUUGUGAGCAAACUCUUAAAAGAAGAGUCCAAAUAAGUAUACGCGGAAAUGCAGCAGCUUGAACCACAAAAAACAGCAACUGCAGCAAGUCUGCACACUGGCAUGGGCUUGAAUGCAGAAGUUCCCCCAUGGCGUCUAAGCAAACUAAUGAACUGAGAGUACAAUAGGGUGUGAAACGUAUCAGAUCCUGUUUUUUUCUUUGCACAGAUAUGAUUUCUUUUCCAAGUUGAAUUAUUUAUAUCAAAGAAUUAGAUCAUGUCUCAAGCCAAUUUUGUUUCAAACAUCCAUUACAAUAAAAUGUAUUUUAAAUUCUA